CUGCAAACGGAGGAGCAGCGGAGUACUGCAGCGAAGGAGCCGAGGAGCCGCUCGUUGUUCUUCACACAAGGACCUGCUUGAUGGAUUCUCUCCAGUGUGGAAACUGGAUGAUAAAGACAGGAAUCUGUAACUUCCAGUGGAAUAUGUGAAAUCAUUUGGAGGACAAUAACCUGUUGUCGGCUCAUGUGGACAUGGAGUGAGAGGAGACACAGACGAAUAGAGUGGACGAAAGAGAUGUACAAUAGCCCAGACGAGACCUCCAGCAGGCUCCUGAUGGUGGAUUCUUUUAUGUCAGUAGUAUGCUUUCAGUUUAAGGAUGAAAUGGGGAGAAUCUGUUUUUGACCAAGGGAUUACCAGGAGGUCGGGAGAAGCCUUGUGUGGUUUUUUUUUUUAAAUGAGGAACAAUCCAGCACAUUCUGAGACGCUACAAGAAAGCAAACACUACAAUGGCAGGUGAAUUUUGACGACUGACACAAAGAGCAGCUCCAUUCAAGGCCUACAGAUGAAUCGAGGCCUCAUGUGCAGUUCAGGGUACACAUACAGAGGUUACCCGCCUUGUGGAUUUCUUGCUUUUAUCUCCACCACCGACACUGAAAAUGGACUCAAUUGCUUCUAAUGAUGGGCUUUAACAACGAUUCCAGCAUGUCUUCGGGGCUAUUUAGUGGUUGUCUUGGUGAUGAUAAAGUCAUCAGACUGAGCCAGUGUGGAGAAAUGUCUAACAUUAAGAUGCAAGCACCUGUUGGAAGAGGAUUUAUGAAAGACUGGUUUUCAAAAACGACAACAAUCCACUGCAGACAACGAGUUCCCGUCUGUUUUUCUGCCCUCUUCAUCCCUAUCAUCCUUCUCCUCUUCUCGGUGGUUACGCCCGCUCUGUCCAUUCAUAUGGAGUCCAUAGAGAGCCACAGUGAGUUCAGCUGUGAGCCCAUCAGAUUGAGAAUGUGCCAGGAUCUGCCUUACAACACCACCUUCAUGCCCAAUCUACUGAAUCACUAUGACCAGCAGACGGCUGCACUGGCCAUGGAGCCUUUCCAUCCCGUGGUGAACCUAGUUUGCAGUGCUGACCUGAGGAUGUUCCUGUGUGCUCUGUACGCUCCGGUGUGCACUGUGUACGGCCAGGUGACCAUGCCAUGUCGAUCCCUCUGCCAGCAGGCCAAGGAUGAGUGCCACAAACUCAUGGAGGUGUUUGGAUUAGCCUGGCCAGAUGACAUGGAGUGUAGUAGGUUCCCAGACUGUGAUGAGCCCUAUCCUCGUCCAGAGGACCUGCUAACAGACACAGAGCCCACUGACCAGUCAUCCCUGACUGUCCAGAGAGACUACGGUUUCUGGUGUCCCAGAGAGCUCAAGGUGGACCCAGACCUGGGUUACACAUUUAUGGGCAAAAAGGACUGUUCUGCCCCGUGUCCCUCCAUGUUUUUCAACAAGCAGGAGCUGACUUUUAUCCGCUACUUCAUAGGAGUUGUUUCCAUUGUCUGUCUAUCUUCAACACUCUUCACCUUCCUGACGUUUCUCAUCGAUGUUACCAGGUUUCGAUACCCUGAGCGGCCAAUAAUCUUCUACGCUGUGUGUUAUGUCAUGGUGUCCCUGGUUUUCUUUCUGGGGUUCCUGUUGGAAGACAGGGUAGCGUGCAACGCAGUCAGCCCUUCCCAGUUCAGAGCGUCAACCAUAACUCAGGGCUCACACAACAAGGUAUGCACCCUGUUCUUCAUGGUGCUAUAUUUCUUCACCAUGGCCGGCAGCGUAUGGUGGGUCAUACUGACAAUCACGUGGUUCCUGGCCGCUGUGCCUAAAUGGGGCAGCGAGGCCAUUGAGAAGAAAGCCCUCCUCUUCCAUGCCGUUGCCUGGGGUGUCCCAGGGGCCCUGACUGUCACCCUGUUGGCCCUGAACAAAAUUGAAGGAGAUGGGAUCAGUGGAGUGUGUUUCAUAGGGCUGUAUGACAUAGACGCCCUGAGGUGGUUUGUUCUGGCACCGCUCUGCCUUAACGUGGCGGUGGGUGUCUCUCUCCUGUUGGUCGGGAUUGUGGCUCUGAAUCGAGUGCGCAUGGAGAUCCCUCUGGAGAAGGAGAACCAGACCAAAUUAGUCAAGUUCAUGAUCCGAAUGUCAGUGUUCUCUGUGCUCUACCUGCUUCCCUUGCUGACUGUGAUCGGGUGCCACCUGUACGAACACACCUACCGCAACAUUUGGGAGACAACAUGGAUGGAGGAGAACUGCAGGCUCUAUCACAUCCCCUGUCCAUACAAGGUGGAGCAGACCAGCCGACCAGCCAUGGUUUUGUUCCUAAUUAAAUAUCUGAUGAUGUUGGUGGUGGGGAUCCCCUCUGUGUUCUGGGUUGGCAGCAAGAAGACCUGUUUUGAAUGGGCCAACUUCCUGCAUGGACGCAGACGCAAAGAUAGUGGGGUGAACGAGUCUCGCCAGGUGCUGCAGGAGCAGCCAGACUUUGCCCAAUCCCUGCUGCGUGAACCCAACACCCCCAUCGUCAGGAAGUCCAGAGGAACAUCCACCCAGGGCACAUCUACCCACGCCUCUUCCACUCACUUGGCUGUCAUAGACGACCUUGAUGAACCAAUCAGAACUCACCACGGCAACCCCACGUCCACCAGGAGUAAGGCCAGCAGCGUCCACAGCAAGGCCAGCUACCACGGCAGCCUGCGCCGCGUUCGUGACGACAGGAGUGAUACUGUGGCUUAUCGAGGUACAGAGGCGCGCAGUUUCCAUGGCAGCAUGCCACGUCUCGACCACCCGCUCUCCACUCACAGCAGCCUCCAUCAGAUAGACGGCUCAAGGCACAGUAGCCAGCAAAACAUAUCUGAGGCCCCAACAACCCUCAUCACCCACGGCACAAUGGGAUGUGACAGCCAAGCUUCUGAGAAAGACAGCACCAGUGCCUGAGAAGAUAUUAUUGUAUGGAUGUGGUCGACGCCUUUUUAAAGGAAGAUUUGCCCUCUGCUGAUACACACCCGUCUGUUUAGUGUUAACGUGUUUUCUUCUAUGAAGGUGGAGAAUGUACCAGUGAGUCCUGUGGCGGUGAUU